GUGCAACAGUCAACCAAUCAGGGCUUAGCGUUUGGCUCUGUGGUCAACAAUUAACUAGAGCAGUAAACAGGAGUAAGCCCUGCUUCUUUGUUCGUCAAUUAUCAGCAGUCAACAAUCAGAAGCAGCAGCAGCAAUGGCGGCCACUAGAGCGAUAGUGUCAGCAAGCAACACUAUCACCACUUCAUUAUUGAGAAAAGCCCCAUUGCGAGGCCCCAACAGCCUCAGCUUAUGUUUCAACUACAGCAACAAGAUUGGACUUGUUUUACAAAAGAGGAGACUUUUUACCUGCAGUGCUAUCUAUAAUCCCCAAGUUCAGAUUAAAGAAGAGGGCCAGCCUGAAACUCUUGACUACAGAGUCUUUUUCCAUGACGGUUCUGGCAAGAAGAUUUCUCCUUGGCAUGAUAUUCCAUUGCAUUUGGGUGAUGGCGUGUUCAAUUUUAUUGUUGAAAUUCCCAAAGAAUCAAGUGCAAAGAUGGAGGUUGCAACCGAUGAACAUUUUACCCCUAUAAAACAAGAUACGAAAAAGGGAAAACUUCGAUAUUAUCCGUACAACAUUAACUGGAAUUAUGGGUUGCUUCCCCAGACAUGGGAAGAUCCUUCAUUUGCGAAUACUGAAGUUGAGGGGGCAUUUGGAGAUAAUGAUCCUAUUGACGUUGUUGAGAUUGGCGAUAACCGUGCCAAAAUUGGCCAGGUUCUGAAAGUUAAGCCUUUAGCUGCUCUGGCAAUGAUUGAUGAGGGUGAACUUGACUGGAAAAUAGUUGCAAUUUCUUUAGAUGACCCAAGAGCUUCACUUGUUAAUGAUGUUGAUGAUGUUGAGAAGCAUUUUCCGGGCACUCUUACUGCAAUCAGGGACUGGUUUAGGGACUACAAGAUUCCUGAUGGAAAACCUGCUAACAAGUUUGGUCUAGGGAAUAAACCAGCAGAUAAGGAAUAUGCGCUUAAGGUCAUAACAGAAACCAACGAGUCCUGGGCUAAACUGGUCAAGAGAUCUAUCUCUGCGGGUGAGCUUUCACUAGUGUAAAUGGCACUUGGAAGUUUGAGCUGCCUGCCAUUCAAGGGGAUAUGCUGUGCAUCUCCGGGAGCCCAAGUGAUGGAAUUUAUUUGAGAUGAGAGUGAAUUUUCUUAAUCUCCGGAUUCAGAUGAAUAAUUUCUGCAAUUAUGUUGGAGUUAAAAUGUACUUCUUGACUUUAGUGUUCUUGUAGUUAAGAAACUUAUUUGUGAAGUUCUUGGUCGUAGAUUUUCCCUUGCGCCAAGAGAUGAGAUGAAUGAUAGAUGCGGUGGAAUACACAAAUAAACUGAAAACGGAAGAUAAAUUAGGUUCUGGGUUUGAACUGUUCA